AGAAAAUUUUUUAUAUGCAUUCCUCAUAACAGUAACACAAUAACAACAUUUAUAAUAAUAAUAUAUAAUUCCUUUAGGUAUAUAUUUUUAACCAGAAAAGAAUAUCCAAUGCAACAGCAUAUAACAGCAGAUCUGUGCCAACUAACGUCAAUAAAAGCCUUAUAAUAUUUAUAGAACAACGUGAACAUAAAUGGGAAAACAAUUAAACUAAAUUCUGAAACUUGCCAAUAAAUGCAAAAUGUGGGAAAAUGCCGAUAAUGUAAAAAAAGCCUGUACAGUUUUGACUGAACACGCGCGUAAAGAGAGACGAGAGAAAAGACCUACCAGCUCCACAUAAUAACCCCAUUAUAAGCCUCAUCAAUGAUGUAAUGAAAGCAAACAGUGUGAAAAUUGCCUGUAAACAGUUGGAUCUGAGUCUCCUGAUGAAUUCAGUGUCUCUUUUAAUCAAAGAGAUGGGGCGAGGAGGAGGGGGUGAGUGAGUGUGUGUGGGGGGGUCUACCUUCCUCUCCGCAAACCCGUCAACACCCAAAAAGCCCCCUCAACCAAUGAAGACUUGUCACUAGGGACUCACGUGGACGGGGCGUCCUUAAAAACCUAGCUCCUGAGUUUUCCUCAAGUUCCAUUUUUUGAGAUUUCCUUCACAUUAUCCCAGUUGUGUCUAUUUAACCCGCGUUACCACUGUUUUACUGUGCGUAUCUUCUCGACUGCCACAGCCCACCCGUUUCGAGUCUCUUGUUGCAUCUUUCUGUUGGUGUAGAAUAUCUCUACCUUCCUCUACAAUCGAGCACCACACGGGUCACACCAGCGAACUACUUUUUAAGUGAUGACAAUUUCAGCAAUUGUGUCCUCGCUCUUCGUCAUUUGCAGGUCUUGAAUUCCACUUGCAAUACUCGCUGCUGUCUCUGUCCGUGGUGCUGAAAGGUGGUGCUGAAUCGCUUGACUAUUUAACUUGCACUAACGCUGCUUCACUGCCUCUAAUCAUUGCAGUUUUUUUUGUCAAUAUUUAAAAUAAGUUGAUCAAUAAUUUAGAAGUCGUACCGGCGAGUUUUCAUUUUCUAACAAAGAAAACAUAUGGACAAACUCGCCAACAGAGCCUAGCUGCAUCCAAUUCAUGAAUAGUGUUGUAUUUAGGACAAAAUAGUUGGAUGCAGAGUCGAUUUUGUAGCCUACUCUUAUAUAACUCCGAGAACCCGGAGAUGUUGCUAUUUUGACAAGUAUAAUAAUAAAUUAAGAAGAGGAGAAAACAUCUUGGUUGAAUAUAUGUGAUUUCCGAAUCAUUUUGGGAUUUUCCUGCUGGAUAAAUUCAGGCAAAGUCUCAUCUCAGCAAUCAUCUGAACUUGCUUGCCUCGAAUACCAAUGAUAGUUUGAGUUGAGGCCUCGAAGAACUUAGCUGUGCUGGUAAACAAUGGAGGCAUCCACCAAUGGGUCCAGCUUUGGGAUCGACUCUUUACUUUCCCACAGACCUGGAAGUCCGGUCAUGUCGAAGGGGGACAGUUUGGUGGGAGAGUGCCGGUCACCGCUGGAGUUCAGCCCGAGGUCUGACCUAGAGAGCGGCUGCUCGUCUCCCCCGUCGCCGAGGAGGGAGUGUGUGGAUGAGGCAUUGCAGAGGCAAGGUCAUGCUAUCGGGUUGCCGCCCCAUCUCCAACACGGACAGAUCUCCGCCGGGUCACAGCCGCGGACCGUCACCUCAUCCUUUCUGAUCAGAGAUAUUCUAGCUGACUGCAAACCGCUAGCCGCCUGCGCCCCAUACUCCAGUAAUGGCCAGCCAACUCAAGAAACGGGGCGACUUGCCUCCAAGCUCGCAGAUGACUUCAUGGACAAAAUCCAUAGCAACUCAUCGUCAGACAGCGAAUACAAAGUGAAAGAGGAAGGAGACCGAGAGAUCUCGAGCAGUAGGGACAGUCCGCAUCAUGUUCGGAUGAAGAAACCCAGGAAGGCGCGAACAGCCUUCACUGACCACCAGCUGGCCCAGCUCGAACGCAGCUUCGAACGGCAGAAGUACCUGAGCGUGCAAGACAGGAUGGAACUGGCCGCUUCCCUCAACCUCACAGACACACAAGUCAAAACCUGGUACCAGAACAGGAGAACAAAGUGGAAGAGGCAGACGGCAGUUGGACUGGAACUGUUAGCGGAGGCUGGAAAUUACUCAGCCCUUCAGAGAAUGUUUCCUUCGCCCUAUUUCUACCCUCAAAGCCUGAUGUCCAACCUGGACCCCGGAGCGGCGCUCUACCUGUACAGAGGCCCCUCAGCGCCCCCUCCGGCUCUGCAAAGACCUCUCGUUCCGCGGAUUCUUCUGCAUGGUCUGCAAGGGGGUAGUGAACCACCCCCUCUCCCCCCUCUCUCCGGUGUGCUUCCCCGGCCAACACAGCAGCGGUGAGCCGGUCGCUCCGGAUAUAUGCCAUACCUGGCAGACUAGGACUCUAUGUGAUAGAGAGAAAAAAAACUAUUUAAAACGGUGACAAAAGAAGUCAUGGUAUUAAACAAUGAACUUCAUGACUGAAUCUCGAACUAUCUAAAGUGGAUAGGUUUUUACCAUGCUGAAGUUCUUUAUUUAUUUAUUUUUCUCUAUGCAUUUAACUUAUAUAUUUAUAUUUGUGUUUACCAUACCUUCAGUGUGGGCUACAUCAGAAAGGGCACGAUAGUUUUACUGAAAUAAUCGUUGCUGGCACCAAGGCUUAUGACAAUGGCACUUUUACUCAGAAUCAUAAAGAUAUUAUUAUUAACAUCAUUAUUAUUAUUAUGCUAAGUUGUCAGGAUACAAUUAUUU